AUGUCUUAUCCGGUGAUAGUACUCUUCGCAGGACAGAAAGUACCAAACUACGUCAAGUAUGGCUCGAUAUUAGUCAGGUGUGGGCUUUACCGCAAGCACUUUGACGUGUGCAGGCAAUGCGGCAAGGUCGGCCAUAGAAGAGACGUAUGCCCGAAUCCCAACACCAGAGUGUGCUUCGGCUGCGGAAUUGUGAACCCCAGCGAGGAUCACAAACACGAAUGCAAGCCCAAGUGGAAGCUCUGCGGGGGACAGCACCCAACGGGUGAGAGGGAAUGCAAAAACAAGUACAAAAUGCCGUACGUGGUCAAAAAACGGCAAUGGGAACGCAAGAUGGAAACCGUGCAGCAACAACCGGAUCCGGAAAGCUUUCCGCCGCUGCGAGCGCCAUCUGCCGAGAGACCCCAUGGGGAAUCGAGGCAGCGCAACAGCAGCCGCAAGAGGGACAACAGCAAGGGAAGUAGGAGCGCCAGCCGCCACAGACCGUCGCAGUCGAGGGAAAGAGUCGCCUGGGCCGACGCAGUCAAGGCAAACAUGGCAGAUAAGAGACAACCACCAGCGCAAAACACCGCGAAGAAGAUCCAAGAAGAGAACGGGGUGGUAAAAGCCCUGAGAGACGAGAACGAGAUGCUAAAGCGGAGAAUCGCCGAACAGGACGCAACCAUCAACGAAAUCAACGAGAAGCUAACGACAUUAAUUGGGUUGCAGCAACAGCAGCAGCUGCUGCCGAAGCCCGCACAAGAGAGGAAACAACAAGAGAUAACCGAGCACGAACCAGAGGUCGAGGUGGACCCGAGAGCCAUGAAGGAGGCGGGACCGGCUCCCAAGAGGAGAGCCAUAGAGGGCGCCAAGGAACGAAAGAUAAUGGAGAGAAUCGAAAAACAGGACGACAGACUCGACCGUCUUGAGGCGACCAGCAAGGUAACCAACGAACGCCUCACUACGCUCGCGCAAACAGUUCAGCAGAUGACAACGAACAUACAGAGCACGAUCCAGAACAUGAUGGCGCAAAUGCAAGCACAGCUGCAGACGCAGAUACAGGCACAAAUACAAGGUAUGGAAGCACAGAUCAUCGCCAAACUGCAGCAAUCAUGGACGGGACAGCACGCACAGCAGCAUCCACAGCACCAGUGA